AUGGCGCCGUCGCAGCCGCGGAACAAGACCUCGUCGGCGCACCGGUCGGCGUUCCUCCGGGGCGAGCACAGCUUCGACAUCGUCGGCUACCGCGCGCGCAAGGACCUCGGCGUCCGCAACACCGUCAGGUCGGCCGACUUCCAGGCCGGCGGCUGCACCUGGGCCCUCAUCUGCUGCUUCGACGACCCCUAUGCCUACGCGCGGCGUCGCGGUUCCGGGGACCAGAUCCAGCUCGUCUGCAUCACCCUCCAGCUCGUCUCCAACGACGGCCACGACGUGGUCGCCAGGGCCAGCCUCAGGAUCGACGACCCGGCACUGCCGGAGAAGAAGGGCGGUCCUCGUCGGUGGCCGCCUGCCGUGUGGCGGAGCGCCGAGGCCAAAACCUUCCUCGCCGCUGCUCACGGUCGUGGGUACGACGACGACCCCGAUGAGUGCACCGGCAAAAGCUACUGGGAGCUGCCCGUCCCCGACGCGUUCCGGGAGUCGCUCUACGUCAGGGACGACCGGCUCACCAUCCACUGCACCGUCGACGUCCUCCAAGAGGAGGCCGACGAGGCCGCGACCAAGGACUGCUCCGUCUCCGUCGUGCGCCCACCGUCCAACAUCCUCCGUGACCUCCGCAAGCUCCUGGACGAGUCACGGUCCAAGCCAAACAAGUCGGACACGCGCUUCGUGACGGACGUGACGUUCAUGGUGGAGCAUACCGAGAUCCGGGCGCACAGGCUCGUGCUCGCGAUGCGGUCGUCGGUGUUCGCCGCCGAGCUGCUUGGGGAGAUGAAGGAGGGCGCCGCGUGCUCCCGCGUCACUGUCGACGACAUGACCGCCUCCACAUUCAGGGCCAUGCUGCACUUCAUCUACACCGACGAGCUCAAGCAAAAAAACGGCAACCACCUGGGCAUGGCAGACAACAUGGACGCCACAUCUGUGAUGACGACACUGAUGCUGGUGCACGGCCGAGAUAGCUGCCGGCAGCUAGAGGCCGCCUGCGUUGAGUACAUGACGUCCGACCCCAAUGUCUACGCCGCCGUGGUGGCAACGGAGGAGUACAAGUAG